AUGUCGAGACCACCUGAAAUCGUCACGUCCACCACCGUCCUUCCGACUACCCUGACCGUGCCUGACUGCGGAGAUCGAAGACCCAAGCUGAAUUUCCACCAGCUUAUCGCCCUGGCCAUCGUUGAUCACGUCAACCGCUCACCGACUGGCCAGGAUAUACUCGACUGGAUGGAGACGCACUUUGAGUACUUCACGCAGCAUCCACAUGGACUCGCCCAUCUGAGAGCUAGGCUUCGAGGUUUCUUCAUCACAUAUGAUCCGCCUAUUGUGCCUUUGAGCGAGAAAUAUCGACAUGUCGCGAUGCCUUGGGAGCAGGAGCAAUACCUCAGCCUACGCUACGCCAUCGUCGUCGGUCACUACAACAUGAUUUUCCCGAAAAGUCACAAGGCCUUCCCCUUCAUGAGACUUCCAGCAGAGCUACGCCUUAACGUAUAUGAGUACGUUCUAGGCAUGCCGUGCGAACAGUUGACGGCGCACCCGCACAUUUGCUGGACGAGAGCGCAACGCCGGAAGAUAAAGGGCCACUUCCUCAGCCACGUGAAGUACUAUGGUAAUGCCGGCCCCCACACACCGGGGUCAUGGUAUGGCUCGACCGACUUCAUAUGUCCGCCAGCUAGUAGAAUUCUUGCCCUACUUUCUGUUUCCAAGAAAAUCCACGAGGAGGCUUUGCCCAUUUUCUACCGCAUUAACGAUUUCGGAACCAUCAACUACUUCUACUGCGGAGGCAUCCCUAUCCUGAGAAAUCUUAGAGGAACUCGUCGCAACUACCUCCGAAACCUCACUAUCACCUAUCCUGCUGCAAUGGUAGAUAUUUUCAUCCUAGCUACGUGCCAGGAGUUGGAGAACCUCACUCUUCAGAUCGAAUACCCUGGUUGGAAUGACAGGGAUCUGAAUUUGCCUCCGGAAUUUCAUAUCCUGAGCCGCCUUCGAGGAAUCAAGAAAUUUAAAGUUUUCGGCCACAACGCGCACCAAUUUGUUGAGAGAGUUCGAGCGUACUUGGAGCCGCUGGUGACGCAGCCGCGCGAGGAGCCGGGAGAAGCUGUCGACGAAGAAGGACCGGUGAGGAAAAGGCUGAAGAUGACAUAG